AUGUUGCUGCAUGGAGGGAAAGCCCAAGAACCAUCAAGAAUCACCACUCGGGCUUCUGAGUUGAUAGAGGAUUUUAAAGCUUCACGGGAUCAGUUGGCUAUCCAUGCAUCCAGGGAGGUUGUGCAACUGUGGUGUCCACCUCCAGGUACUCUGUUUAAGUUGAACUUCGAUGCGGCUGUCUUCAUGGAUACGGAGUCGUCGGGUUUUGGCGCGGUUAUAAGGAACAGUAUGGGUGAAGUGAUGGCGGCGCUGUCAGCAAAGGGCCCUCUAGUUGCAAACAGCGAAGAAGCGGAGAUUUUGGCAUGCCGGAAGGCCUUGGAAUUUGCUGUGGAGGCGGGCUUCCAAGAUGUUGUGGUGGAGGGAGAUAAUGCCACGGUUAUGAACGGCUUGACAGCAGACAAACCCGUCAACUCAUGGCUGGGAUAUAUAUACGAAGAUGCUCGUUGCUUGGCUAUGAGACUUCGGAGUGUAUCAGCUAGUUGUGUACGGCGUAGUGCGAAUGGAGUGGCCCAUUCUUUGGCCAAGUUUGCAAGACAAUUAAGUGACGACUAUGUAUGGUUGGAAGAACAACCAACCCCUGCCAUUGAGGCUUUGUAUGCAGACUCUUUUGCUACUGCUUAA